UGAUCAGCGGGAGGGGGACCUACCUGUGUCUAAUCCCAAUGUGUGUGAUACUCAAAUCCGCUCCACGCAGCCCCGAGCGUCUCUUCUUGUCCCGACCCAGAAGCCGACUACCUGCCUGAAUGUUCCACAGCGCCACUUACAGUCAAGAAGCUACAGCGCCCGGGUUAUUCUAAACAACUUUUUAUUUUUAUCGUAUCUUUUUUAUUUUUAUUUUUUUCUUGUAUUUUCUGGACUCUUACCAUGAUUUCCUAUUGGCUGAAUCUAAUUUAUUUUUAAAGCAUCUUGUCGCCUUUUUUCUUUAAUUUUUUUUUUUUUUUUUGCAAUUCCCAUAAGAAAAUUUUUUUUUUAAUUUUUUUUUUUUUUAGUAUUUUAGUGUGUGCAAUGUGCGAAUAUUACUAAGGACGCAACUUUUUUCUUUUUCUUCCCAUUGUGCAAAACAGCGAGGCAAUAUAGACAAUGGGGCAUUUUUGAAGAAUCCCUAAAUAAUAAUUUAUAAGUCCCAGGGCAUUUUUUGGGGGGCAUAAAUUUUUGUAUUUUUGUAUAUAUAUAUUUUUUUUCUAUUUAGUGAUUUUGGUAGAAAGUCGUCUUAUGGAACAGUCAGGGAAGGAAUUCAACAUGGAUCAGGCAGAGGAAAUAAAAGCCACGCCCAUCGCGCCUCAGCAGAUGGAGAAUUGUGAGGCUCUUGUCGAUGAGAAAUCACAGGGAGCAGAACUGCGAGCAGCGGUAAUGGAUUCCGAUACUGGGGAGAAGACGUACGUUGUGAUUACGGAGGCAGCGACGGGGAAGAGUCAGGAGACAUCGGAGGAGGGUGAGGCCUCUGGGUCCAGUGAUAGCAGCAGCUACAGCACCAACACCCGGCCCAGUGACACCCAGUCCGAUGGAGGGGUAGAGGACGGGAACUCUCAGUCCAUUCCAGAAUCGGGUAAACCCAGCCGGGGAUCCACUUCAGUAGAAUCCGAGCAGCUGGCGAGUUGCCAAACGUCCGAUGAUCCCGAGAAGAUGGAGAACCCGUCGCUGCAGAAUCUGCUGUGCUCCAGUGCAAGUGUCAGCCCCUGCGAGGAGGCCACGGAGUCCGGGGCAGCUAAGCCGGCAGGGACCGAAGGGGCCACAGGGACGGACUAUUACUUUGUCAAGUGGAUAAACUGGAAGGGAGAGCGGACACCGGUGCUCACCCAGAGCGAAAAUGGACCCUGCCCCUUGAUCGCCAUCAUGAAUAUUUUGUUUUUGCGUUGGAAGGUGAAGCUUCCGCCCCAGAAGGAGCUGAUCACGUCGGAGGAGCUCAUGGCCCAUCUUGGUGACUGCAUUCUGUCGAUACAACCGCAGGAAAAUUCUGAAGCACUACAGCUAAACUUCCAGCAGAAUGUGAACGAUGCUAUGACCGUGCUGCCGAAGCUUUCCACAGGGCUGGACGUCAACGUACGAUUCACAGGCGUGUCGGAUUUUGAGUACACCCCGGAGUGCAUUGUGUUUGACCUUCUCAAUAUUCCAUUGUACCAUGGAUGGUUGGUGGAUCCUCAGAGCUCUGAAUCCGUCGAGGCUGUGGGCAAACUGAGUUAUAACCAACUGGUCGAGAAAAUCAUCACCUGCAAACAUUCGACUGACCCCAACCUGGUGACCGAAGGACUCCUCGCAGAACAGUUCCUGGAGUCCUCGGCGACGCAGCUGACUUACCACGGGCUGUGUGAGCUGAUGGCAGCGGUGAAGGAGGGGGAGCUGAGCGUCUUCUUCCGGAACAAUCAUUUCAGCACACUAAUAAAGCACAAGGGUCACCUGUACCUGCUGGUCACAGACCAGGGCUUCUUGCAGGAAGAGAAGGUGAUCUGGGAGAGCCUGCACAACGUGGAAGGAGACAGCUGCUUCUGCGACUCCGACUUCCACCUCACUCAGCACAUUGAGAAGGACCCAUCGUUCAGCUCCCCGCAACAACUGCAGCAACAGCAGGUGGACCAGGAUUACAUGAUCGCAUUGUCUUUACAGCAGCAGCAGCAAGGUUCUCUGCCCAUGAGUGACCUAGAGCUGGCCCAGCAGCUGCAGAAAGAGGAGUAUCAGCAGCAGCUUCCACCCCAGGCGCCCCCACAAUCUCCCCAGCAGCCAAGGCCUCAGACUUCCGGACGUCAGCCCUCGGAGCGCCGGCAGAGACAGAAGGAUUCGGACUGUGUCCUGCUAUAGCCCCGCCGCUAUGUAACAAGCAAAAGGAAUCCAGGGUUCAACCACCAGGGGGCGCUGCACGGGCCUCCCUCACUGUACAGCAGAUGCUUGGAGUCCCUGCUCAGUUCUCUGCUGAGUUUGUAUACAUUUUCCGGGCCCCUUUUUUCUUAUCUAAGCACUUAGGGCGUGUGACUGACUUAUUUCUUUCCUUGUAAUAUAAAACCCAAUAGCGAGGAGAGAUUUCCCGCACCAACUCGAUUCUCAAUCCCCCCCACCUAUCUCCUGCCUUUCUCAAUCUCCUCUUCAGUCCUGGUUUUUGUAUUAUGACUGUCAGUACUCCAAUGAGGCCUUUUUUGGGGGGGUCCUCGACAAGGUAAAUCUUCCAUUUUCUCUUUCUGUAGCAGCCGAAAAAGGGGUUAAAAAAAAAUCUGUUUCACCUUUUGGAUGGCACUUGCAUCUUACACUGUUUUCCAGUUACAUCAGGUCUUCUACACCAGUGUUUCCCAACCAGGGUGCCUCCAGCUGUUGC